UUGGUAGUUUUUAGCGUGUGUUUGAACGCUAAUGAUUGGCAUUAGACACACCUUUGCUUGCUACCUGCAUAAUUUAUUGUACUUAACUGGUGUAAGCUUACAAUAAGCGAUUGUACUAAAGUUAUUGACUGAUUAAAAAGUUGUUAUCAAAGUUGUGAACGUCGUCAUUCGUAGAGUUGUCACAAUCAGUACAGCUGCCGCCAUCGCUGUUGGACAAAUGCCUUACAUUAUCAUACGCGGCAACUUAGCGUCAUACAGCCAUAAAUACCCGUGGCGUGUGUUGGUCUCCGGGCUAAAAGCGGAUGAAAUUGAGCAGUUGAAUAAAUUUUCGUGCGGCGGUUAUAGCGAUGAGACAACAAUAGUAUAUCUGGUACAUCCAUGUCGAAUCUUAUCUGCGCUUGAGAUUUUAGGUUUUCGCGUGGUCGCCUCUUCAUCAACAGCGGUGAAACAGGACUAUAACGAAUAUAUGUGGACAAUGCGAAAAGAGUUCCAUGAACCAGAACCGCUUGAAACAGAAUCCGUUGUGCGCGAAAAUCUUUCAAAUAUAGGACGCGAAGCAGCUGGGUUAGGCAACUAUCAUAAAGUCGAUUCGCCCGAAUAAAAGAAUUUA